UCUCCAAGGCUCCCUGCUUUCAAGUUCUGUUUUAAACUGGCCACCGAGGCAACUGAAACGGUAACGCCGAAUGCUCACAAUCUCACUGCAGGGAAGGCGAACGAAAUGCAGGUACGCUUAUAAACAGAUGUUAGUGUUCCUCUCUGCAAAGAGAGCAGAAAUGCGGUUACGUUCCUGAGAGUUAAUUAUUCAGUCGAAAUAUUAUAAUUUUACCUUGCUGACAACAAGAGAUGCAGAGCAGUUUAUUAAGAAUGAAAAAUGAGAGUGACUUUGUAGAAAUUAACCUACAGUAUGUCACUGUAUUUGAGGGAGCCUGAUUUCCACAUCAAAAUGGGUGCGGUCAGGAGCUCAUCUCCUGGUGCGACUAAACAAACCCCUCCUAGAAAUUGGAAACUGUGGUCAUUUUGUUGUCUUCCAGAAAGAUCUGAUUUCUUUUUUUUCCUUUCUUUUCUUUAUCACCUAACUGUUGAGGUUACUACAAGCAUUUUAAGCGGGUCUGACUAAAAAAGUGAAACAACGCCUCUGUCAGCAGAAGGAUUAUUUAUCAGUAGGCAGCAAACUAAUUUCAUUCAGACCGAUUAGUAAAUUAACUCUGUGUUUAUUCGGUUUUACAAAGUCUAACAAAUAACCACGCAACAAAGAUAAAAUAUAAUUCCCUCCCUUUUUUUGCCAGGCUUUUUUUUUCCUGCAUGUUUCGGAUCGGAUCAGAUUCACAGACCAUGAUAUGUGUACGGCAUUCGCCUUGUUUGGAAAUAAAAAACUCACGAUCUAUGUAGUUGUCGAAAGAUCAAGAGAAUGAGUGAUCUAUGGCCCUAAUUUCUCGAUUAUUUAUGGACACAGCCUUGUAUCCGCCCAUUUUGAAAUGAGGGGUGCGCCCGUUUACAUGACAGAAAUAAUCCGAUCUAUUCUAUGUGAGCACGUUCAAUACAUUACCUCCGUUACUUGCGACUAUGUGAGGUACCCCAAGCUUUUUUGAUUUAUAGCAUUCAACAAAUAUUUGCAAAACGUGCCUGAGACAUUUCCAUAAAUUGUGAAAUUCCUCCAUAAAUGUGAUAAUGCUUUUGUAAAUUGCGUGACUUGUGGAAUUUGACAGGAAAAUUCCCAAAUAUUCACCGAUCAUCUGACAUUUGAAGGAAGAGAGAAAUAUAAUUUGUUUCGCUGAAAAAAAGGAGGCAUUCUUAGGAAAGCCUUUUGAGGUACUGUUAACAUCAAACGGCACAGGAAUUGUCACACGUACAGAGGAAACAAUAUUGGUUACGUGACAGGUGGUAAAAGAUGACGCGCGAGUGACGAAGAAUGUAAACAAGCGAUCGUGCUGCUGUUAUCUUCAACCGUUGCUAUGUCAGACUUUUACACUCUUUUCAUUUUAAUUCUUUCAAGAGUUCACACGUGUAAGAUAAGGUAGAAUUCGCUCAAAACAUCAAGAAGAACUUAGAAAGUGUAAUCUAACCUAAAAUUUUUUUCUUCGAGAGGGGAUAUGUUCGGGCAGGAACUGAAUUCCAAUUCAUUGAGAUCGUUCAGCUAAAAAUAAAGUUAAAGAAGAAUUUAAAGACUUCGUGAAAGUAGAUUAAUUCCCUUCAGUUCAUAGAAUAGAACAAAAUCUUAUGCCAGGGAAUCCAUAUGAGGCUUCAGUACAAGUUCAAGGAGGUACCGGAAAGGGUGAUGUUUUCGUAGCAGAAGCCUCGAAUGCACCGGAAAUAGUUACCGGAAACAAGAUGUGCACAUUUUGCGCAAAAGUGAAAAUCAAAUUGGAAGUGUUUAAUUUUUGAAGAGAUAUAUUCUCUGGAAAGAGGAAAAAAUCACCGGCUUUUGAUCUUGUAGCGUAAGUUUGAUACAUUUGAAAACGUUACACUUCAAGAAACGAAAAUUAAAGAGUGUUUUGAGCUGAAUCGUGACCCUCUGUGCGUGACCAUCUGCGAAACCGGAAAUGGGAUUUCAAUAAAGGGAGAAUAGGUGUUGCCCAAUUUGAAAAUCGACGCUCAAGCUUAAUCGCUAGAUUUGGUUUGUCGACAUCAGGUCACAACCACCUUCAUUGAAUUCAUAGCACUGCAAAGAUUUUUACUGAAGCUUCAACGGUUCAAACGAAAUGGAACCAAGAAAUGCGCAAAUAUGGAAGGUUAGUACUCUACUAUUAACUACACCGUCCAUUUUCCUGAAGCUGAAAAUCUUACAGGGAUAAAAAAAAAAAAAUUGGAUUGUUCGAUCAACGCACUCAGGGCAAAAAGUUACAAGCGUGCUUAGCUGUUUGCUAAAUAAAUACAUCAAUCAACAGGUCCGUCCCUUUAAAAUUUCUUCUCACCAAAGAAUUUCCCAAAAGUUUUAAAAAGCCGCGUAUAAUCAGUUGUAAUGAAAUGAAACCUCAAGUUGCCCUCGGCUUUGAAACAUCCUUGUAAGGCCACAUGUUUUGACGGGAACGACUUGAAACGUGAUGCUUCUGAAAUCUGACAGCGGAGGUCAUCGAAACAAUGCGAUGGAUGAGUACACGCCUUACCAACGGUCACGAGUUUAUAAUGAGGAUGUUUGAAACUGCAGUAUAUUCAUAAACUCGUGACAAAAGCAAGAGAAAGUUUACGAAGACACAUUGAGGCGAAGUUAAGAUACCAGAAAGCAAACUGGUUACAUCAAAGCAAUAGCUUAAGGUUUGUUACAAUAAUUUUUCUUCAGUUGAGGAGCUAAAGAAUUUUUGCCGUGCGUUCUUCCGCAACCAUCACAUAUUAAGUACUUGGUUGCGCAAUUCCGUCUUUCGAAAUCUCUUGGCGAUAUAAGCUGCCAGCGAAUAGUGCUGAGCAAAAAUUUACAGAAGAUAGCAUGAAAAUUAUAUAAGCGGAUUUGCACAAACUGUUCUGUCGAUAAAUUAUGUCAAUUUAUAUUUUUCUUGAGACAGGCAUUAUUGAAAUCAAACGCAGACGGGCGUGAAUUUUUUCUACGCACCUCAAGGGCCUUCAGGUGGUCCGAUUGCAAUUAAAUUGUUUAAUUAAUUUCUUUCAUAUAUCAUUGUAUCAUUCCGAAGAAAGAUUUGUCGAUUUGAUUUAUCAAUUUGAUUGCUUGAUAUAUAAGAAGUUUGUUUGUGCCGUUUGCUGAAGAACGUGUUUAUUCGAAAUUUUCACUGACAUGAACUAGUUGACCGAGGGUAAUAAUUAGAUUACAGGAUCGAUAUUAGGUCCGCAAUAACUGGGGAACUGUGUGUCUUAAACAAGGUUAAGCUAUGCAUCAGAUAAAUAUAUUAAUGACUUAAGUUUAAAUCGUUAUUUCAUGAGCCCCGAAUCAACACGGGAGCACUGAAGCCUUCAAUCAAAGGAAAUGGAGUAGCGUGACAUCAAAGGGCUUUGGAGAUUCCGUGAAAUGAUUAUUCUUAAGUGCCGAUCUUCCUGUUGAAAGAAAUGCGGUUUCGAGCUGCGAUACCAAAGCGAUGAAGAAAUUUAGCUGACUAAUUCAGCCGACUAUAGUAGUGAUCUUACUCCACGCAUUAGUUCUCCUUUUACGUCAGUCAUGGAAGGAUACGGGAAUAACCACACAAUGGGAUCCGGUCUAAAGAACACAUUAGUACCUAAAACAUCAGAUGUGGUCAAAAUCUUACAAUGCAUCUAGAUAUUUAUCAAAGUACGAACUGAUUACAACAGCUGGCGUUUAGAGGGAAGAAAAAAAAGGAAAGAAAGUGCAAAAAAGGGAGAAAAAGGAAAACUGGUGCCCGACGAACUCUGCACUAUUCUGGAUUUGUAGAAGGGGGGAGAGAAGGGAUAGCAGGCAGUGACCUUAGUUCCACAUCAUCAGCCUCUCGUUAGCUCUUCCGGAAUGUUCCAGAGUUUGAGCAGGCUAUCAUCUUGAUCGUUCAAUGCUUUAUGUUUCACAAUAUCACCCGAGCCGAAUUUCUUAUCUUAGCAGACAAAUGGUCGUUCUCUUUAAACCAUCAAGAUGGCAACAUCGAUUUUGAAAUUCUUUUUCCUUUUUCCUCUGUAAGUGACCGUAGUAUUUUGAUGUAAUCUCUCAGUUGACGCUUGCAGCGUACUUCAUGCCCAUAACUGGGUAUUAAAUUUAAACCUUGCAAGUUGUGCCAUGUCACGCAGAUGUCGAACUGAAUGAGUUACUCUUGCUGACAAAUUUCUAUUAUCAUAUUUCAUUGCGGAAUUAAGCGGUAAAACAAUUUGAAAACCCAUCGUUCAUUUGCAAAGGUAACACGAAAAUUCGAAAUAAAUCGCAAUUUUGUAAUUUUGCAUAAUAAUGAAACCUUUCGUGCGGGAAAUAAAUUGAGACGGUAUCUUUAUUACGUAAUAUAUUUUCUUCUGUCACUAGAAAGGUAUGCGUUUCAGGAAAUUGCAGCUCAAUUGUAAACGCCUCAAUUUUUCUCUUAAAAUACCUGAGGAAUCCGAAACGCGAAAGGGCCAAAAAUGGUCUUCUCUAACACAGUGGGUACGUGAAGAAUGCCCAUCUCACCCGAACAAAUACAGUUAUCGUUGAUCGCGUGAGCGAGAGUCGCAACCUUUCGCAACUCAGCAAUACAGUUCUUGUCACAAAAAUUCUCGCAAGUACCCGUGGGUUCCAUUAGUGGUAUUCAACAAACAUGUCUCAUAAGCCUAAUCCAGUGUUUUGAUGAGGUACGUUUACAAGUUUUGAUUUGUAGCUAAGGAAAAUGUGCUUUUUAAAGUCGAUGACGAAAUCGCUCUUUAAAACGCAUUCCGUGGUGUCUGACUUCCCGCGAUCUUUCUUUAGUGCGUAAUACAACAUGGCGGCUCAUAGGCAUGACGUCACUGGCCUAGAGCAACACAAUAGAUGGGGCAAUAUUGUAAUCGCGGCUAUCAAUCCGAGCAUUGUUCUCAGUGCUAGUUACCGUAAAUAGUUACUCAAGAGUGUCAUCUAAACAUUAUUUUGGUUUGCUGCCUGCUACGGAAAUUUCAUUCAGUCUACGUCUAUGAACCACGCGGGUCGCGCAUCGAGCAAGCAGUUUCUUUAACCUAGAGUGCUAGAGCAGUUUAAAACUCCUUACACAGGUAAAUAGAUCAUUUUUAUAACGGAUUUUUAAAUGUUCCGACAGUUUAAGCUUGCAUGAUUUCGAUGACGACAAAUAAGCUUCAAGACGGUCGGAAUUUGAAGGGCAUGUGUCGAAAUACCGCGCUUAGGGUGAUUACGGUUAUUCUUUAGUGUGAAUAGUUCGGUUUGUGUGCGGAAAAGAGUGUCUGAUCUUAGGACUGAAUCUUUUUUCUCAGAUGCCUGAAUACACACGGGAUAACUGUGCACCUUUGGGGAAAGAAUUCUUCGACUCAAUGGACCGUGUUGACGAGGGAGCCUUGGCGAGGCUAAUAGUUGAAAUGCAGUUGAAUACGUUACAAGACCUGCCCGACCUGCGCACUUUGUUCUUCAGGAGAAGACAACAACAGAUGAACUACGUCGCAGCACAGUACGGUAGGAUUCCGGCAGCGUAUCGCGUUCAACAGCAAUAUUCUCCUGUCUCUCGAGCGAAAUCAUGGGCCAUGCAUGCCUAAUAUGUCAGAGUUGUUGUCAAGGAGAAGGCUGAAUACCACAAUUUGACCAUGGACAUAUUUGGUCUAGAAUGAAAUUGUUGUAAAUAGACCGAUUUAAGAGGAGUAUUUAUGUUUCAAAACACUGUGGCAACCAGUGAACGACUGCGGAACUGUUCUAUGCGAACUCCGCCAAUUUAAAUAUCUUACAGGGAAAACUGGAUAUUUUUCUCUUCGCAAAACAACUUGGAUAUGAGACUUCAGGUGCAAAGAACAUUUUCAAGCAAAUUGUUCAAAUCUUUAGCAUAAUAUUCAUGGACGAAACCGCAGAGGUGAACAAUGGUAAGAGUGUUCAAAUAUUCAAAUAUCGCCUACCCAAAAUGUGUGAAAAAUCCUGCUAUUGUGUCGAGUAAAAAUUGGCAGGCAAAGAUAUGCCACGUUGUGUAAAUAUAAUAUAAAAAGUACUUUUAAUUUAAGAAAACUACGAUAUUUUUGUAUAGUUCUAAGACGCCAUGAGAGAUAAACGGAGAAAGCACACUACAGCAAAAUUAA